AUAUAAACUUACAUUUGAAAUACGUAGAUGACGAGAAAUGAGUGGAAAUUUAUUACUUGUUUACAAGAGUAGUGUUUUCCUUGUAAUUCAGGCAUGGGAGGAGGGAAAGGUUUAACAACUAAUCCACAACCCAAUGGAUCCUAAUGAUACUCCUUAAUGGGCUUAUUUUUGGAGCCAUUUUCCGUCGUAUAUGAAGCCUUGAAAUUGGAAUAACACCAACUUCCUAAUUUUUCCCCGAAAAAUAUCGAAAGCCCUAACUUUGCCGGUCGAGCCUAAAGGCGGAAGCCGCAGUUUUCUCCUUCGCGACACUCACAACUUACCAGCUUUCUUUUGAAUCCCAAAAAGAAACAAUGUCUCGUGUGUACGUGGGUAACCUUGACCCACGAGUUUCGGAGCGGGAACUUGAAGACGAGUUUCGUGUCUUUGGAGUUAUUCGGAGUGUAUGGGUUGCUCGAAGGCCACCUGGUUAUGCUUUCAUUGAUUUUGAUGAUCGCAGAGACGCCGAAGAUGCAAUUCGUGAAUUAGAUGGCAAGAAUGGCUGGAGAGUUGAGCUUUCUCAUAAUUCUAGAGGAAGAGGCGGACGUGGAGGUGGUCAGGGACGCUCUGGUGGUUCUGAUUUGAAGUGUUAUGAGUGUGGUGAGCCUGGUCAUUUUGCUCGAGAAUGUCGCAUGCGUGGUGGUUCAGGAAGACGCCGCAGCCGCAGCCCUAGAUAUCGUAGUAGCCCAAGCUAUGGACGCAGAAGUUAUAGUCCUCGUGCCCGAUCUCCAAGACGUCGCAGUCCCUCUCCUCGUGGGCGUGGGCACAGCAAGUCACCACCAUAUCGUGGUCGUGAGGAAUUGCCAUAUGCUAAUGGAAAUGGUGCAAGGGAACACCGACAAAGCAGGAGCUAAGUACUGCAAGGAUGUAAAAUUUAUCGAGGAGACUGAGAUUAAGUGUGUUUAGGUUGUUUGGACUUCAAUGAUUCUAUUUUAAUUGGGCAACGCCCUUGGCCUCUUGGAUUUGGAUAAGUUCCUUUCUGUUUUUCUGUAGUUCUAUGAUGCUUUUCUUUGCUUCAUCUUAUGCUAGAACAUAGUCUUUUUUCUCCGGUAGGAGAAAAGAAGCCUAAGCUUCUAUAAAUUUAUUGAGAAUUCAUUCCUGGAACUCUGCUAAAAAAUUCGUACUUUUCUUUUUUCUUGUUGAGGUGUCUUCUGGGUCUUCCUCAUUACUUUUCUGCUUCUACACCUAUGGGAUUUACUUCUUUGCUGACCGGCUAUGGGAUCUUCAAUACUUGGUCUUUGUGGGUCCCAUUUUGAUAUCUUCUCUUGUUGCCACUGUUUGAAUGAAUCUCUCCAGCUGUGAUGCACCGUCCUCAAUCUCUAGUGGCAUUUCUUUGCUUUAGCUUAAAAGGAUGCAGAGCUACGUCAAAUGCUUCUGGCAGGUACUUAUAUCUGUUCUACGGAAGUUGAUGUUUUGGCAUCCUUACAAGAGGGAUUGGUAAUUUAUAGAUCUAAUUUCUUUGCAAACUUUCAAAGAUUGAAAAGAUUUAGAGAGAUGCAAGGAUAUUUACUUACUCUUUUCAAUAUGUUUUUGGUCAUUCAGCUUGACAAGCAAGAAUGAAUUUGGAGUCUUCUGCUUCUGUUUGGUCAGGAACUUUGGUUGCUGAACUUGCUCUUUUUCUACCUAGUGUCUGCAUCUAGAUCCAGCUUGAUUAUUUGCAAUAGUCUGUUUACCUUUUUUUUUUUUUUAGAAAAAAAAAACAUUUGAGAAAUUUAUUUCUUUCUGGGGUGGGUGGGAUUGGGGAUGUUGGAGGGUGUCCCUAGGGAAAUAUAUUUUUGUUUUGCAAAGGGGGGGGGGGUGUUUGAUGGUCGGAUUGUAGCUGCACAACCUGGUGAGCUUGAAAUCCUUGAAAGUCGAAUAUCAACCUGUAUAGCUGAAGCGAGUUUUUGGUUCCCCUUGAUGUCAACUGGAGGAUGGUUAACCUGCCUAAAUUUGGUGGUCAUGUGUUUGGGUUAGCAGCAUGAACGUGUCUGCAUGUUUAUGGUGUCAUUGCAGUUAGGAAGGUUAAACUUCAUUCUUGGUCUGUGAUCGCAUUGCUGCCUGUGGAUGGUUAUGAUGCUGAAACGUUCCAUCAUGUUUUGGCCUUAUGGAAUGUGAUGCCUUGGUACUCCAAAACAGGAGUAAGGUAAAUUUUGCGAGGAUAGGAUCAUAUUAGAUUUAGCUUUAAUAUUUUUGAACGGUAACAAGCCCCCAAAAUUAAAUCUUGAUGGAUUUAAUUUAUUAUCCUGACAUAUUUAUUGUAUUUAAUAUAGCCAAUCGCGUUAACGAGGAUAA